AUGGAGCAGCGUCAAUAUUCCAGCGGCCGGAGAGGUUAUCAUCGCGCCAUCGCCACCAACUCAUCUUCUUAUUCUCCGAUACUCCUCAACCACAAGCCCAGCUCCAACGGCAAAAUCGGCUCGCACCAACCGCCAAGAAAAAACCAGAACCAGAGGAAGAGGAAAUAUGAGCAAACCAUGGAGCAAGUGCAAAAGAAAGGAAAUUGUCAGUCUGAGGAUUUUGGGAAGGAACCGACUCUUCCUCCAUCAAUUUACAAGCCACGGCAACAGCUCAAUGAAGAUGGUGAAGAAUAG